GGCAUAUAUUGAUUGAGAAGCCAUCACAAUUUUGAUCACAAACUGUUUUAAUUCAUGGUUCUAAAUUUAAUCGAUUUCCCAAUACCAACAACAGAAGCACAAACAAUAUGACAUUUUAUAACCUUAGUUCAAUUAGAACGAUGCGAAAAAAAUAUUGUUUGAGAGUAUGCCUAAAAGGAAUUCAAUUCGCCAUUUUGUUAUCGCUGGUGUCAUACGUGAUCAUUCUUUCAUCAUCACAAAGCUUUGAAGAUAUGGUUAGAGGGGCGAUGAAUGGGUCUGAACAUUCGCAUGAAAGUGACCACAGUAUGGUUUUAGUGACGGCUGCACACGAGACAAAUUUCAGAGCUGUCCAGAACCUGAUUGGUUCAAUACAUUUCUGGUCACCAAGACGACAAAUUGUUAUAUUUGACGUUGGGCUGAAUGAUGCUCAACGUGACAUGAUCAUGGCGUGGUGUCAUGUUUCGUUGCUAUGGAGAUCAAUGCCAAAUAAUCUUCUACCGCAUUUUUACGAUUUGGACAAUCCUUCGUGGAAAUACCUGUGCGUAAAAAAGGCUGUAGAUAUGUAUGGUACAAUUCUAUGGAUAGAUCCCGGUAGUGACGUUAGAAGUCCAAUCGAUGUCAUAGAGACGAUUCUAAAAAGAGAUGGUUAUUUCUUUAUAAAAAACGGAGAGAACAACGUAGCAGAUCACAGUCACUUUGAAACAUUGCAGCAAUUUGGCGUAGGGUCCAUGGAUCUUUCAUUGAGACCUAUAUUAUCGGACGACCUCCAGGGGUUUGUAAGAGGAUCACAAGCGUACACAUCGAUACUAAUACCUCUUUUGGACUGUGUUACGAAUACGUUAUGCAUGAUCCCAGGAGAGGCAAACUCAAAAAAUCACCAUUCCGUAUUAUCAGUAGCAGCAGCAGCAGCUUCAAAUAUAGAACUCAAGACACACACGAAAUUAGUGUCCUUCGAAAGGAAGGACUUUCCAAGUCAACCAGAAAUGGUGCAUGGUAUAUUAGUGUACAUUGCUUCACGUAAGUCCAAUGAGUAUUGGAAUAAAGUAAAAAAUUGCACCGUUAAGGCAGAGCAUAAGCAAGAGGUUUAAGAUGACAUACCAAGGAGAAUUGGAUCCCAGGGAACCAACUCGAUAUUCGACCUAGACCUUGAUUCGACUAUAUCAAAAUUGAAAAUGUCGUUAUUUUCUGACAUUAUAAAUUCAUAUUUAACAGUCCAAAAGAUUCGAACCAAUGUCUCGAUCACUUCUUUUUGUUCGGAAAGACCAGAAUAUUGAGACGGAAGCCUAGGA